ACGUUGCGCAGAGCGAGCGGGGAAUUUAGUUUUUAUGUUGGAACCUAAAUUCUCCAUGUGGUCUGCUAAAAAGUAAGAAGCAGUUGGGUCAACAACUCCAGUAUUCGACCAGUUUGUAUCUUCCGUUGCCCUGUUUCGAACGUGCCUUUCUGAACAACUACACUAAUAACUAAAUAACAAUGUCUUCAGUUUGUAACUGGCUAAGUUUAUUCGUUUGCCUGCGUGAUUCACCCAAGAAGCCCAAGCACAGGAUUCAUCCUAACCACCGAGGGCACUAUGAUGCUGUGGUUAUGUGGAAGGGGAAAGAAGCUGCUAAACAGAAAACUGGAGGUGUUGCCUAUGAGGUCAUAUUGAAGCCGGCAACAACGGAACUAGAUGCAGCACGAGUGUUGUCUCCUCCAAAAGGAAAGGUCUUAACACAGGAUGACAUUGUGAUGAAGCUGCAGAAAGCAGAAGAAAGGAGACUGUCAUAUGAACAAAUGAAACUGGAAAGGAUUGCCCAGGAACGUGAAAAAGCGCAGGCAAAAAUAGCCAAGAUACAGGCAGAGUCGGAGACCUUCUCCAAAAUAACCCAGGAGAAGUUGAGACGAUCGAUGGAAAUCAGCAAGGAAAAACGUGAUAUGCAAAUUAAAGCUCUUCAGGAGAGACUACGUGAACAUCUUGCAAAAGUAGAAGCAACAUGCAAAAAGAGUGACUUAAUUAAUAAAGAGCUGCAGGAAAAGAUAACUCACAAAUUUGAAACAUACGAGGAAAACAAACAGGCUCAGUUACAAGCACUGAUGAAACGUUUGAAGGAUCAUGCUUCUCAUAUCAAAGAGGUUUGUGAAGCAAGUAAAAACAUGAACAAAAUGUCUGAAGAGAAAAUUCUUCAAAAGAUGGAAACUGCUUUGAAAAAUAGAGAAGGACAACUGAAAGCCUUGCAGGAACGUCUUCUUGAACAUAUUUUCGAUGUAAAUUCAAGAACAAAGAAUAGUUUAUGCAGUAAUUUGCUCCGUCUACACCAGCAUGCGAUUUUACCAGUUGGACAAUGAUGACAGUUCUCCAGUAUUUUGGACACAAGAACGGAGAAUUGAAGAGGUGAGGAAGAAGAAAGUGGACCGUCAGGCCACGGAUGACGUAGAAGCCGUGUGAUUGGAGACUUCGACCUUUCAACUGAAUAAGAGCUUCUGUCUCUCUGAACUUUCUCUUUUCUCACUAUUACUGUCUCAUUGCUUGCGGAAAGCAGCUCUUCUCAACGGUCUGACUGUAGUACAGCAUUAAUAGUUGCUGCUAAUUGUAUCGGUAUUACUGUUGUCAAGCUUCGGGUGUAUAUUUAAUAAACUUUAUGAUCACAUUUUUAUGCUAGUCGUGCAUGACAAAAUUCAGACUAAUGAGACUUUACUAAUUGUAAUCACUUGUUUGUGGUUUGAAUUUGAUUGUCAGUUUUAAAUAUUCUUGCAUAUAUAUUUUGACACUGCCACUUGUUUUCAUUAUUCCAUUGAAAAAGCUAUGCAUUUUUGUAAAAUUAGGAUUUAUGUAAGACAGUUGACCAACCCAGAAUAUUGUCAUUUGCGUUCAUUCAGUUCAUUUGUUUAUAUCUCAUUGUCAUAAUUUUCACUAUAUAUAUUGUAUGUGUAUGCACACUUUUGACAAACAUUGUUUGAAAAGUCUUUAAAAAUUAUGAAGCUCCUUUUUACUUCCAUAUAUUCAUUGACCACUUGUACUUCCAGAGAAGGUUUUAAAACUUUUUGUGGAAUAAAUUUAGACAAUUUCUAAAUUCUGCACUUGUAUUAUAAACCAAAAGUUAAAUUUAAAAAAUCCAGCAGAUCCUGUCUGAGGUGUCCUUUAAGAUUGGUAAACAUUUUUAUUUUAAUUAGAAAAUCGUAGCAUAACUAAACCAUUAACAAGCUACAGGUAUGAAUGUGUAUUUUUGGUGAUAUGUCAAUUGUCCUCAUGUAGUUCACAAUUUUUUUUUCUAUCCACCUGCAUUUAGAAAAUGGGUUUUUAAACAAACAAAACUCCAUUCAGGAAAAAUACUCAGGGAGUUUGGGAAAGUGGGGAAUUUAACUUCCCAUGUUCGUGGAGCAACAGCUAGUGUUGUCAUUGUGAAUCUAUGGUCUCCGGAGAUUGUUACAGGUGGGCUACGGUUGUCUCCAUCUUUUGUGUAGAGGACCUUGUGACAUUCUGUAAUAUUAAAAACUUUAAGGUAUGGGCUUUUGUUUUUUUAACCACUCAUUUAUAGUAAAGUUAUUGAAUAUGUGUUAAUAAUAAAUCAAUCACAUCAGAUUUUAUAAUAGCAUUAAUUUGACAACACACACACACACACACACACACAAGAAAAAAAGAAACUAGGAGUUUUGUGAGCUAGUAUUCAAUGGUUUUUGGUGAAUUAUGUUUAGAUAUUUUUUAAAUUUACUCUACAGUAUUCCUGCAAACAAAUAUUGUCCUGUCUAAUUUGCAUCAUCCAUAUUGCCUUCCAUUUAAUUGUAAAUUUUGUUAUUGCAUGUACUCUUAGUAUUAUUUGAACAACUUGCAAACAAAGCUGAUUGGUGAGCAUUUCAGAGGAAAAACCAAGAUAUGUUCAACAUCAUUUAAUUAGAACAUUAUUUAUGCAUACCUAGCUGGUGCUUCUUUGUGUUUAAAAUAGUUAUAUUUAGUAUUUGCCAUUACACAGACAAUUAAGAUAUUUGCUGUAUUAAACUAUAAAUGCUGAGUUACAUUCAAGAUAUUUGCAAAGAACCAACAAAGAAAAGACCUAACUCAAAUUGAUAUGAAAAGAAGCAAAGUACACAUGACAGAUGCAUUAACUUGUGUUUUGAGUGAUUUUUUUAAAUAGUGUAAUCAUUUGAUAACAAAUUUCCUGCAAUUACAAAUUACAAAAAGUUAAUGUAUGUUCAUAAGAGUUGUGGCAGAAACAAAACUUGUGCUUUAAACAUUCCAACUUGUGAAUGUGAGUAUGAAAACAGCUCUUGUGUAUACAAUACCAAAUGUCUUUAAAAAUUAGUCCUCUUAAAUAGAUCAUGAAAAUUUCAGUGAUCGUAAUUAAAAGUUAAGGAUUGCCUAUGAUUUUAGUUAUUAAUAUAAUUAUUCAAUGCCAUUCAAAGGAAUAGCCCAAUACAAAUAUUAAGAUUAAAAGAAGAAGAAAACGUGCUUUAUUUAUUAAAAAAAAAAAAAACCGUUUAAAAUCCUUUUUGUCAUAAAAACUAAUAUGUGAUUUUUGAUCAUUCUUCCUGUAUGCUUUUCAUAUCAUUUUGAAGAGUAUUCAAGACAUUGUUGCCAUGUUUUAUUGCCAUUUCAUUCUGUGUUACAUAAAGUGAUAUCAUUUUCAUACUGGUAGAUUCAGUAAGACUGAUAGAAAUUGACUUUACAAAUUAUUUGUUAUUAAUGGUUCUUAAAAACUUUCAGAUUUCAUCUGCUUAAAAUGUGGCCUAUAUCGAUGUAUGAUGAGAAACAAGUAUUACAAACAUUAUAUAUUUUGUUUUCGGACCUUAGCUUGCAUCGGUUUGUAGCAGUCAAAUAAAAAAGUAUAUCAGUU